AUGAGUUCCUCAACGAUGGCCACGCUGCAGCGCACUACUCGGGUUCUACGAGGCGGCUGCGCUCAGUCAUUCGUACCCGUAGUUCCCGCGAUGCGUCGGAGCUUCCAUUGUAGCUCAGCUAAGCACACUGAUGGUGUUUUUCGAGAGCUCACAUCGAUGCGCGUUCGCACGCCUUGGGUCGAGGCAUUUCGCAAGCAACAGCAGGACGGCAAGCAGCCUGGCGAAGUGUCUGGGAAGCCAGAGGUGCCCAAGGAUCGCAACCUGCCACCCAAACGAAUGAGUGAAAGCUACCACUCUGUCAUUCUGCCUUUAGCUCAGGACCCAUGGUUGCUUGAUACGUAUCUAAACUCUUCUGGACACAUACGUCUAGGUACCAUAUUCAUGGAUCUUGAUGCGCUUUCUGGGGUCAUCGCGUACAAGCACACAGGCGAAGACGUAACAACGGUUACCGCUUCUUGCGACCGUAUCACUAUUCAUCACCCAUUGGACGAGAUUUGUGACCUUCAACUAUCUGGUCGAGUCACAUAUGCAACCGGUAGAAGCAGCUUAGAGAUAACAAUGCAGGUCGCGAAAGCACCAAAAGAAGGCGAAGAGGUAAAAGACACUGACGUUCUCAUCAAUUGUACCUUCACAAUGGUGUCAUUGGACCCAGGCACCAAAAAGCCCGUCAAUGUCAACGCGCUGGUUGUGGAAACUCCGGAGGAGAAGCGGUUGUAUGCUCUGGGCGAGCGUAAUUCACAAAUCCGCAAGGAGAGGCGCAAUACCUCACUGAUUAAACACACACCAAACGAUCUCGAAAGCGAUCUCAUUCACGCCUUCUGGCAGAAACAGCUUCAAUAUCAUGAUCCUCAGGACGAGCUACGUAAGCCUGACAAUCUCCAUUUCAUGGAUACGACACGCCUCCAGACUGCCACAAUCAUGCAGCCGCAAUACCGCAAUCGUCACCAUUUCAUGAUAUUCGGUGGCUUCCUCCUCAAGCAGACGUUCGAACUCGCAUUCACCACAGCUGCGGCCUUUGCGCACGCCCGACCCACUUUCGUCUCCCUCGACCCCUCUACAUUUCUAAAUCCGGUGCCAGUUGGCAGUAUACUAUACAUGACAGCACAUGUUGUUUACACGGACCCUCCACUCCUUGGUGCUCCUGGGGAGCAUUUUGAAGAGCACAGCGAAUACACAAGGGUACAGAUCCGGGUCGACACCAAAGUAAGAGAUGUGGAGCAUGGGCAUUCGAAGCCUACGGGCCAGUUCAACUAUACUUUCAAUGUAUCGAAAAACAUCAGGGUAAUGCCAAGGACAUAUCAGGAGUUCAUGUACUAUCUCGAGGCGCGCAGACGAGCCGAGCAAGUCAGGCGCACUUUGGAAGAAGGUGUCAGCGUCAGCCCAGAAAGGGCGGCAGAGUCUCUCACGGAGUAA